GCCGGAGGAGGAGCCGCCGCCGCCGCGCCCUUCCCCUUCUUCCGCUCCUCCCCCGGCCCGGACCCACCCGCCGGGGCCCCCAGGCAGCACUCGCGAGCAGCGGCGGCCGCGGCCGGCGGCCGAGUUGGGAGAAUGCGGCGGCGCUCGCGGAUGCUGCUGUGCUUCGCUCUCCUGUGGGUGCUGGGCAUCGCCUACUAUAUGUACUCAGGGGGCGGCUCCGCGCUGGCGGCGGGCAGCGGCGGCGGCGGCGGCACGGGCAGGAAGGAGGACUGGAAUGAAAUUGACCCAAUUAAAAAGAAAGACCUUCAUCACAGCAAUGGGGAUGAGAAAGCACAAAGCAUGGAGACCCUUCCUCCAGGGAAAGUCCGGUGGCGGGACUUCAACCAGGAAGCUUACAUCGGAGGGACAAUGGUCCGCUCUGGGCAGGACCCCUAUGCCCGCAACAAGUUCAACCAAGUGGAAAGUGACAAGCUGCGAAUGGACAGAGCCAUCCCUGACACCAGGCAUGACCAGUGUCAACGAAAACAGUGGCGAGUGGAUCUGCCAGCUACCAGUGUGGUGAUCACGUUUCACAAUGAAGCCAGGUCGGCCUUGCUGAGGACAGUGGUCAGUGUACUUAAGAAAAGCCCACCCCACCUCAUCAAAGAAAUCAUCUUGGUGGAUGACUAUAGCAAUGACCCUGAGGAUGGAGCUCUCCUGGGGAAAAUUGAGAAAGUGCGGGUUCUCAGAAAUGAUCGCAGAGAAGGUCUGAUGCGCUCACGGGUCCGGGGGGCUGACGCGGCUCAAGCCAAGGUUCUUACUUUUCUGGACAGUCACUGUGAGUGUAACGAGCACUGGCUGGAGCCUCUCCUAGAGAGGGUUGCUGAGGACAGAACUCGAGUCGUGUCACCUAUCAUUGAUGUGAUUAAUAUGGACAACUUUCAGUAUGUGGGAGCAUCUGCCGACCUAAAAGGCGGUUUUGACUGGAACUUGGUUUUCAAAUGGGAUUACAUGACCCCUGAGCAGAGAAGAGCCCGGCAAGGCAAUCCAGUUGCCCCCAUCAAAACUCCCAUGAUUGCAGGAGGGCUCUUCGUGAUGGAUAAGUUCUAUUUUGAAGAACUGGGAAAAUAUGACAUGAUGAUGGAUGUGUGGGGAGGUGAAAACCUGGAGAUCUCAUUCCGAGUGUGGCAGUGUGGUGGCAGCCUGGAAAUCAUUCCCUGUAGUCGUGUGGGGCACGUGUUCCGGAAGCAGCAUCCUUACACCUUCCCUGGUGGCAGUGGCACUGUCUUUGCCCGUAACACCCGCCGAGCAGCAGAGGUCUGGAUGGAUGAAUACAAAAAUUUCUAUUAUGCAGCAGUGCCUUCUGCCAGAAAUGUUCCUUAUGGAAAUAUUCAGAGCCGAUUGGAACUUAGGAAGAAACUCAGCUGCAAGCCGUUCAAAUGGUACCUUGAAAAUGUCUAUCCAGAACUACGGGUUCCCGACCACCAGGACAUAGCUUUUGGGGCGUUGCAGCAAGGAACCAACUGCCUUGACACUUUGGGUCAUUUUGCAGAUGGAGUUGUUGGGGUCUAUGAAUGUCACAAUGCUGGGGGGAACCAGGAAUGGGCUUUGACGAAAGAGAAAUCAGUGAAACACAUGGACUUGUGCUUGACCGUUGUGGACCGGGCCCCUGGCUCCCUCAUCAAGCUGCAGGGCUGCCGAGAAAACGACAGCAGGCAGAAAUGGGAGCAGAUCGAAGGCAAUUCCAAGCUACGGCACGUGGGCAGCAAUCUGUGCCUGGACAGCCGCACUGCCAAGGUGGGGGGCCUGAGUGUGGAGGUCUGCGGCCCUGCCCUCUCUCAGCAAUGGAAGUUCUCGCUAAACCUGCAGCAGUAGCAGGGCCAGAGCCCAUGCCGUCCUGCUCCUGUACCCUCCGGCUGAGUUUGAUGAUUACAUUCUUGAUUAUGUUUCUUAAACUUUCCACGAAAACUAUAUACCUCAGUAUUCCAUCAUGGUCCGACAGUCGGAGGACUUCAGCAGGACACAGGGUACGGGCAAACCCAGCAGAGGCGAGUACAGAGAACUGCUCUCCUCAACUCCUAGGAUGCAGGCGGGUCUCUUUUGGGGGCCCCAUGGUGCCCCUCUUCCCUCCCAGCUUCUGCUGAGCAGCACCUCCAGCGACUGCAUGAACCAGUGGUCAAGAGGGAACCUGAACAUGUAAGUGGAGGACAGGAAGGGGAUGUGGUUGCUACAUCACAGUGUAGAAGAGAA